UCAUCAAUUUGGUAUUGGAGACUGAGCACAGGACCUCAUGAAGACCCAAUUCUUUUUAUACCAAAUUAUUCAAGAGAGGAAGCAAAAGGUGUCAGAAGCCCUCUAACUUGACACAGGCUGUGGGAGCCACCUAUCCCAAGUAAGGGCACAUCCUCUGCCUCAGAGGCAGAAGAGGUUGCAGAGUCCUGCUGGGGCAGCCCAGGCCUUGCCUGGAGUCUCCAAGUCUACUUUCUGCCUUACAGACACUGAUAGUGCCUGCCACAGGGACCUGAAGUGGAGACUGGACUCUUUAGCCUGAACCGUAAUCACUACAGAACGUUGCUUUAGUCAGUAGGCAUUCCCUAGAGUCCUCGCUGGUGCAUGGACCUGGUGAUCUUUUGUUUUCUUGAGAACAGAAUUUAGAAGAUGGUGGAGUUGCAGACCUGGCAGGGGUGUUGGUGACUAGCGUCUAAGUGCACAGUCUGAAACCAUGGGCCCUGCUUUCUAUUCAGCAAGCAGGCACUGACUCUAACUUAACUUUCAGUGACAACUCUUCUCCUUAUUUGCUGGUGUUGUUCAUCCAUCGCUUUUAGAACAAGUGGCCAGAAAACUUGGGAGGGGGAUUUUUGUGAGCUUCGGAGCUACCCAGAACGGAAAGAUGGUUUUAAAGAGGGAUGGAUAGGUAGGUGGAUGACUGGAUCCGUGGGUGGAUGCACAGGUGGACAGAUGAGGGAUGGAUGGAUGGAUGGAUGGGAGCCCAGGAGGUCGACUGAAGACUGAAGAGGGACCCUUUUUCUUCUUCCCACCACCUGUCUGCUACUCUGUUGCACCGCAUCUGCCAGAACACUGAAGGAGGGACUGGCGGCUGGGCGGUGGGAGAGGCGAGGUUGAGGGGUGCUGGGGAAGGAAAGUGGAGAGGAGGAGGGCCUUGGAGACAGAGAGGAGGGGCCCCCGGGAGCCCGGCGCUGGCAGCGGCUCUGGCGGUUAGGGGACCAAUGUCGCUGCCGCCGCCUCCUCCUCGGGGGCCGGAGCUGCGUCGCCCGGGCUGAGCAGCAGCCACAGCCGCAAGCCGAGCGGCCGCCGGGCGCGCCCGCAACACGGGAGGAUGGGCUGCGGCGGGAGCCGAGCCGAUGCCAUCGAGCCCCGCUACUACGAGAGUUGGACCCGGGAGACGGAGUCCACCUGGCUCACCUACACCGACUCGGACGCGCUGCCCAGCGCCGCAGCCACGGACAGCGGCCCCGAGGCGGGCGGCCUGCACGCGGGGAGAAUAAUAUCCACCCCCGCCCAUCUCUUUGAGACAGGGUCCCACUGUGUAGACCAGAUUCCAGAUUGUCCUUGAACUCACUUCGUAAGUAAGUACUGGACUAACAGGAGGACUAACAGGAGGUAUGCAACCCUCAAGACUAGCAGAGAGAACAAUCGUAAAUGCAGGUCAAGUCCUGUUACUUUCUGUCUGUAUUUUCUGAUUGUGUUCUUUUCUUUUGUUUUCUCUUCCUUUUCCUCCCUCCCUCCCUCCCUUUGCCCCUCCUUCCCUUUCUAAAUCCCUUCCUCCCCCCACCCCCACCCCAUUUCUCUUCGGCUGUCCAGGAACUCCCUCUAUAGUCCAGGUUAGUCUCAAACUCCGAGAUACACCUAGCUUUGCCUCCCAAGUGCUGGGAUAAAAGUGAGCACUACUAUGCUGGGCUUGUGGACGUUUCUUGUGCAGGGCCAUGUUCCUGUCAACCUGGAGGCAGCUGUCAGGGAAGCUCCAGUUGGCAAAUUUUAAGAGCUCACUGCAUUCCCUGUGGAAGUUUCAAAAUAAAAAUUCCUUGCUUGUGGGCUUUAGUACAUGAGGAAACCAGAAGGUUUGUAGAAAAUACCAAGGCUGUUAGGAAAACUGGUUGCCAUAACAACAGGACAUGGCAUUGGUUACAAAGAAGCUGCAGUGGCCUAUGCACCCUUCCUAGGAGGGAUGCGGGUUUAAGGACUUUAAACAACAAGUGUUUCUGUAGCCAAGGCCAUGUUCAGUCAUUUCCUCUGAGAGUCCCUUUCCAGGCAGUCAGGGUAUAGCCAGGAAUCAGACCUGCUGGUGGGGCUGAUGAGGGAUGAGUGCGCACGCGCACGUGAAAUGCAGCCACUGUCUCAUGAGCAUGGUUUGCACUCGCUGUGUGCCUCUCCAGUGCCAAGCAUCCCAUGGUUACUAUGUAACCAGUUAUUUGCAUCUUUCAGAUGGCAGAGGCAAAGAGGCGAUGCUGCCUGUCUACAUGCAUGCAGGUUGGAAGAGGCGGGAGGGGUUUAGAACGCAGGCCAGUCUCACCUGGAACCCGGUGGUCUUUCCUCUAUGGCUGCUACUUCUGCUCCUCAUCUCUGUUUACCUAUGACAGCUUUUGGACUGGCCCCCUCGCAGCUCCAUGCCAAUGCCUUUCAAUUGCUGGAAGAAGUUUUGACUCAGCUGGGAUUCUCUCGGAGGGUCAUGACUCGCCAUUGCCCACUGUGAGGGCAGGCUGCCCACCGAAGCCUUGCUCUCCAUCCUUGUCAUCCCUGCAGGGUCUCCCCACUCAGCUCAACCAGAGAGCUUAGGCUGAGGCUCUGGUACCACUGCCUGUGCCCCAAACACCUUCCAUUCCUGCCCCCACGGCUUAGUCACAAGCUCCCUGUCAAUGCUGCUGCUGCUGGCUGUGAACUCAUGGAGACCAGAGGCUGUAAAUGUCUGUAAAUGCUAGACAGUAAUUAUUCUAGGCUUGAGUACCACACGAUUUCUUCGGUAGUUUCUUAACUUCUCAUUGUUCAGUGCCAGCUCAGUCACAGACAACUCACAAACGAGCCUGUCUGUGUUCCAAUGACAAUGCUUGCUUUUAAUUUUAAAAUGUUAACUACUUUUUAUUCCCUCUCUCUCCUCUCUUCCUCCCUGCACUGUGUGUAUAUAUGUGUGUAUGUAUGUGUAUGUCUGUGUGUGUAUAUGUAUGUAUGUAUAUAUGUAUGUAAGCAUGUGUGUAUGUGUGAGUGUGUGUGUGAGUGUGAGUGUGUGUGCAGGUGCCUGCAGAGGCCUGAAGAGGGUAUUGAACCCCAUGGGUUCAAGAGUUACAGAUGUUUGUGACAUGUUUGCUGUGAUCCAAACCCUGGUCCUCAUAAUAGAACAGCAAGUCGUCUUUUUUGUGCCUGAGACACUUUUCCAGCCUGGUUUUAAAUUUUAAGUUAACUUUUACUUAUUCAGUGUGUGUUUUGGGGAGCAGGGGUUAGAGGGCAGUUUGUGGGAGCAGGCGCUCUCCUGUACCAUAUGAGUCCUAUGAAUUGGAUUCAGCCAUCAGGAUUCCACAUCUAGUGGCCAUCCUGCCAGUCUCCUCUUGUCCUAGAUGGAUCUUUGGUGUUAUUAAAUCUCAGAUUCGCUGACUUUGAGGCCAAAGUAAGUAAUAGAAUAUAGAAAAGAUAGUGAGUUAAUCUCAGUCCUCAAAGAUACUUCUAAAUACCCUGCACAUACCAAAUGGUCAAUGCUGUGAAUGACUGAAGAAUGAGUAAGUGAUAUAAACUUAUUUCUCACUUGGAAGGAAGUUUUACUUUUCUUUUCUGUUUUUAAGAAUUGGUUUUUAUAAGCUGGGCAGUGGUGGCACACGCCUGUAAUCCCAGCACUCAGGAGGCAGAGGCAGGAAGAGUUCGAGGCCAGCCUGGUCUACAAAGUGAGUCCCAGGACAGCCAGGGCUACACAGAGAAACCCUGUCUCGGAAAAAAAAAAAAAAAAAAAAAAAAAAAAACAAACAAACAAACCCAAAAAACAAACAAACAAAAAAGAAUUGGUUUUUAUGUGUCUCUGGCUGGUCUGGAGUUCUCUAUGUAGACAAGGUUGGCCUCCAAACUCACAGAAAUCUACUUGCUUGUGCCUCCCAAGUACUGGGAUUAAUGCAUGCGCCACCAUGUGUGAACGAAGGAAGUUUAUGCAGGUUGCUAAUAACCUCUGAUUAGGAUGCUAAGAAGUACAUGUUAGAGACUAUUACUCACAUCAUGCUCUUCACUGGUGAGACAUCACAUGGGGCACCACAGUGGGGCAGGGGUGCCCAAAGAUUAAUUCCAUCACCUUUUUUUCUCUCAAGGGAGCUCUCCCUGCCUUGGGCUCCAGGGAAUGGUGGACCUUUCUACUCCUUCAGUUCAGGCCACUGUUGACUGAUAGCCUCAAGGGGAGCUGCUGUGGCUGUGGCUGUGGCUGUUUUUCUAGGUGGCCUUGACUCAGACAGUCUCCUCUCUGAGUGUGGAGUAUUGCUUUUUGCCUGUGAGAAGAAUCCACAUCACCCCGUGUCCCUCCGAGCUGUGCUCACCUUUCCUUCACUGUCAGCCACAGCCACAGGCUGGAAUGCCAAGUUGGGGGAUUUUAGGAAGUCACUCCACGUCUGGUUGGUUCUGAAUCUGGGUAGUUGAUGAAUAAGGUUCUGUUCCAGGGUUUAGUUUUGUGAAUUAGGUGUUUCUUUGCAGAAAGGGGGCUGCCAGCCAUUAUGCAAGGCUUCAGGAAACUUACCCAGUGAAUGCCCUAAAGAACUCACCAUUUAAAUAGACACCGCAGAACAUUCUCACCACCAAGAACCAGAGGGUUCAUGAAAGCCUGGGCUCUUCAGACCUGUGUUUUUCUGUUUUGAAUAUGAAUUAAAAAUCCAUGCACUGACUAUUCUCGGUGUUGCAAAUCUUAAAGUCCCAAAUCUAAAGCCGUAUGCAAAGUCCUAAAAAAUGUAAUAAAAGGUUACUUGAAAAGGUGAUAUAACAUGCAUACACACACACACACGCACACACACACACACGUGUGUGUACUUGCAUGUGUGCACACACACACCAGAGAUGAUGAAUUCAGUUGAGUAGCGCAUUGUUUCAGUACAGUUGCUCAAAUCAACUCUGGGACCUCUUGAUCACAGUCUAAGGCAUUUCAAAAAGCAUUUCAAGCUCAUAUAAAGGUUGCAAAAAUCAAAGCUAUACUCACAUAUUUCAAGAACAUGUGGAUAUGGAGAUGAGUCGAAUGGAGCUCUACAUGCCCAUCACUCAGUGUGAACAAGCAGCCCAGGACAAAUCUGGCCUCGUCUCUGCAUUUGACCCCCUUCACCUCUUGGGGUUUUUGGGAGCAUAGGAGUCAUGUAACUUUGUCAUAAAUAGAUGUUAAAUGUUCUUUUACAUUUUAUUUAUAACUUCAAUUUAAUUUCUUUUUUUUUUUAAAGAUUUAUUUAUUAUUAUUCAUUAGUGCACUGUAGCUGUCUUCAGAUGCACCAGAAGAGGGCGUCAGAUCUCAUUACGGAUGGUUGUGAGCCACCAUGUGGUUGCUGGGAUUUGAACUCAGGACCUUCAGAAGAGCAGUCAGUGCUCUUAACCGCUGAGCCAUCUCGCCAGCCCCCUCAAUUUAAUUUCUGUGUAUAUGGUGUGUGUUGGGAUGUGAAGGGAUUUUUCUCAUCUUAGCAGGUGAGAAAUCGUAGCUCAGUGUCAGUGUGCCUCUCCUGGAGUGAGGCUGCUGUCUCUUCAUAUGACUAUGGGCGAACUGUCUUUUCUGGCUCUUGCAUGAAGUGUGUGCUUGUCUCUAGGCUCAGUCUUCUGACUGAAUUUACUAGCUGUAAAUAUUCAUCCUUUGAGGAUGGACGACAGGCAUUUUGAAAAGCAGAGCAUCAUUCAGACCAUUUGGUGGAUAGACCUGCUGGGGUGCUGUCCUCAUAUGGCACAUCUGCUGGCUGGCAUCAUCUCUUGGCCGUGCCAGGGCCUCUCCAGAUGGCCUUCUGGAACAGGUCGGUACAGGCUCCUUGUAGCACUGCAGCCAAGGGCAGUGAGCUUGUGACAUAAGUGCAUGGGCUGUCAGGGUGUGUCCCUGCUAGCAAGGUAGAGCUGCUUUGCCUGGGAUCUUGGAUAUAAGUGAGAGUAACUAGACUCCAAUCCUUGAUCAAGGCGUGGCAAGCAUCUAGGAAAACAUGGUGGCUUGAGAACUGAGAGAGCUCCUAUUUUUAACAUGAUGCUUUGAGAACUGUGAGGGAGCUCCGAUUUUUCUCUAGAAAUCUGCCUGUUGCUGUUUCUCUGGUGAGAUAUGGAAAUUCCAGAGUCAGAAACAAAAGACUUUAUUGCUGUGGAGGAACACGUUUCUUUAGGGUUAGCUCAUUUGCACCAGCCACCUUUCUCAGGGUGUGUGAGUAUGUGUGUGCAAGUAUGUGGAUAAUCUAUGUGUGGGGUGUGCAUGUUUGUAUUUGGAUGUGCGUAGUGUGUGCAUGUGUGCGCAUGUAUGUGGUGGGUGUGUGAGUGCUUGUGUGCAUGUGGUGUGUGUAUGUUCAUAGGCACAUGUAUAUGCGUGUGGUGUGUGUGUGUGUGUGUGUGUGUGUGUGUGUGUGUGUGUUGGGGUGCUGAGGUUAAAUGUCCUGGUGGAUUCCUGCAUAGGUAUUAUAGGAGAUUGCUGUUCCUUCGACUCUGCUUUCACCGUAUGGUACAAGUUUCCCACAGUCACCCUCUUUGCAACGCUUUCCUAGGCUUCCCUUGUACGGACUAAUCUGUUCCCAUAUCCUGCUCUAUUUGAGUCUUUCAGACAUCACUUCUGUUGCUGUGUGGUUAGCCUUGUGUACAUGGGCUCAGCUCUGCCCUUCCAUAGCAAGCAGAGUUUCUUUGGUACAGAAAUUGUAUGGUAUUCUAUGUCUGUCUCUUAUGAGAGCUUGAAAGAAGCAGAGAUCUUUUAGCUUUUUCCGAGGCCUGCACCCACUUUGUCACCCAUGUCAUGCUUGAACAUGAUGGUUGACUGCUUGGCAACAGAACUGUGAGAUUUCAGGCACUUGUGCCUGCAUAGCUACAGACCACAGCUUUGUAACCUUAGGACUGUGUGGCCACAGUCUGCAUAGCUUCAUGGUGGGUGGCUGCAGAAUUCUGACAGAACCCUUCCCUUUGUUCUCCCGUGACUUUUGUCACAGCUUCCAUCAGCGCCUGAAGCAAAUGGUGUUGUCCGUGGGGGGACCACAGCCUCUGGUGUGACUGGAGCAUAUGCACUGUCAGGAUUAAGAAUUCUUAACUAUGACGGGCCAUGGUGGUGCACACCAUUAGUCCAGGCACUCUUGAGGGAGAGGCGGGUGGAUCUCUUAGUUUGAAGCCAGCUUGGUCUACAGAGUGAGAUCGGGACAGCCAGGGCUCCAUAGAGAAAAUCUGUCUUGAAAAAUCAACCAACCAACCAGUCACACAAACCAAAAUGAAUUCUUAACUACUACCACACAGCAGGAAUUCAAGGCAGCCAAGACUGCCUGAGCCUUCCAGGCUCCUCUCUUCUCCACCCGUUAAGUUGGUUACACACUCAUGUGGAGAAUAAAGGGAUGAACAAGCUACAGAGAAAUCAUGUUCAGGUAUAGAGUGUAGCUCAGUAGGUAGACUAUAGAGAGCUCAGUUGGGUGCUUAGUAGUUGGGUGCUUAGUAGUUGGGUGCUUAGUAGUUGGGUGCUUGAGUAGUGUGCUCUGAUUCUUAGCACUGAAUAAAACAGGCAUGGUGGUGCAAGUUUAUAAUCCUAGCACUUGUGAGGUAGAGGGAAGAGGAUGAGAAGCUCCAGAUGGGACCUGGAGAGAUGGCUUGAUCAGUAAAGUGUCUGCCAUGCAAAGAUUCAGACCUGUGUUCGAACCCUUGGUAACCACAUAACAGUCUGCUGUGGUUGCAUGAGUGUCUGUAACCCUAGCCUAGGGAGCACAGAGGCAGGUGGACCCCUGGGACUUGCUGGCUAGCCAGUCUAGCCAAUCACUGAGCUCUUUGAGUUCAAUGAGAUCCUGUCUCAAAAAGACAAGGUGGAGAGUAAGAGUAGAGUUAACUGUAGCCUCUAUACAUAAACAUGGCCAUCUGCAUACAUGUGCACACAUACAUUACACACAUACUACACAGAGGUUCAAAGUUAUUCUUAGCUGCCUAGCAAGCCUGAGGCCAGCCUGAGCAACCUGAUACCCUGUCUGAAAAUAAAUUAAUAAACAAAAAACCUAACAAAAGAAGAAAGGAAAUCAUUUUCACUAGAAGUUUGUGGCUGAGAUGCUCAUGCCAGUCAAGUUUACUCUACAGCUUUGGGGACUCAAGACCAAGGUGUCUCAUGGUCUUGCUUGCAGCUACGUAGCUUGUUAGCCACAGAAGUGAAUGCAUUUUCUUGCCUUUAAAAGGGGAAUUUGGUUUUUGGCCAACAAGUACUUUGAUAUUUUCUUUACUCCUGCUACUGUUCUAACUAUAUUGUAAGACCCGUUAGGCGAUGUGGCAUCCCUAUGCAGCGAGGAUGUCCCCACUCAACAGAUGAGGCCCCCAAGCCCUCUCUGUGUUGGUUUCCUUACAAUGCCUGAUGUCUGAGUGUAGAUUGAAUGGCAUAAUCAUGUGAAGGACCUAUCAAGCGCCAGUCUCUGUCAUGACUACAACUGUGACCCUGGGGUCCUCACCAUGUUGCCUUGCAUCUGCCACAGGAGCUUACGUCUUCAUCUGUCCUCACCCCUCAGAGGAGUCUCCAUUAUUCACUUUGUCUGGGGAAGACUACGCCUCCCCACUUCUGUCUUAGUUGAGGUUUUAUUGCUGUGAAGAUACCAUGACCAAGGCAACUCUUAUAGAGGCAAACAUUUCAUUGGGGCUGACAGUUUUAGAGGUUUCCACCAUUAUCAUCAUGGUGGAAAGCAUGGCAGCAUGUAGGCAGACUUGGUGCUGGAGGAGGCGAGAGUUCUCCAUCUUUAUCCACAAAUGGCAGAAGGGGACUGUCUCCUUCAGGCAGCCAAGAGGAGACUCUCUUCCAUACUGGAAGGAGCCUGAGCAUAGGAGACCUCAAAGUCACAUACACAGUGACACAUUUCCUCCAACAAGGCCACCCCUCCUAAUAGUGCCACUCCCUAUGGGUCAAGAAUUUAAACACAGCCGGGCGUGGUGGCGCUUGCCUUUAAUCCCAGCACUCGGGAGGCAGAGGCAGGCGGAUUUCUGAGUUCGAGGCCAGCCUGGUCUACAGAGUGAGUUCCAGGACAGCCAGGGCUACACAGAGAAACCCUGUCUUGAAAAACCACAAAAAAAAAAAAAAAAAAAAAAAA